AUGGCGUCUAUCCCUACUACACAGAAGGCUGUCAUUAUCGACAAGACGGGAGGCCCUGAGGUCCUUCAGUAUAAGACUGAUAUUCCCGUCCCUGCUGUCAUUGAUGGUCAGAUAUUAGUUAAGAACGACUACCUUGGUGUCAACUUCAUCGACACAUACUUCCGCUCAGGCCUAUACCCAGCACCGCAAUUCCCGUACAUCCUCGGCCGUGAGGCAGAAGGAACCGUCGUUAAGACAGGCGGCGGGAACCUAUACGGGUUGAAGGAGGGCGAUAGAGUUGUCUGGCUCGGCGAAGGCGCCUACGCAGAGUACAGCGCAGUCGACGCCUCCAAAGCCAUCAAAAUCCCCACCGGUAUAGCGCCCAAGAUCGCCACCGCCGCCAUCCUCCAAGGCCUAACAGCCCUGACCCUAGUGCGCGAAGCCCACCGCGUCGAGAAGGGGGAUUGGGUUCUCGUCCACGCCGCCGCCGGCGGUACCGGCCUCUGGCUAGUGCAACUCUUAAAAGCCAUCGGCGCCAACACCAUCGGGACCGCGUCCACGCCCGAAAAAGUCGCCCUCGCCCUCAAGGCCGGCGCCACCCACGUCAUCAACUACAGCCACGAGGACGUCAAGCAAAAGGUGUCCGAACUGACCGGCGGCAAGGGCGUUAUCGCCGUGUUUGACGGCGUCGGGAAGUCGACCUUCGAUCUGAGCUUGGAAGUCGUCGCGCGCAAGGGCUCGCUGGUCUCCUUCGGCAAUGCGUCGGGUGCCGUCCCGCCGUUGACGAUUGCCCGGCUAAGCGCCAAGAACGCGCGGUUGUUGAGGCCUACGCUGUUUAACUAUAUCGCUACGAGGGAGGAGCUCGAGUACUAUACUAAUGAGCUAUUUGGCUUUCUUACCGGCGGGAAGAUUGACGUGCGCAUCCAUGAGGUAUACCCCCUGAGCGAGGUCGCGCGUGCUCAUGGCGAUCUUGAGGGUCGGAAGAGUACGGGGAAGUUGUUGUUAGAUCCUUCGAAAUAG